AUGAGAUCUCUCGUGAAAAGGAUAGAAAGAGAGAGGAGGAGAGAAAUCUCACGUGAGAUAGAGAGAGAGAAAAGUCUCACGAGAGAGAGAGAGAAGGAGAGAGAGGAAGAUCAAUCUAAAGAGAGAAAGGGAGAGAUCUCAUAA